AUGCCAACCCAGGUGCACGAACUUGCACUUGGCCUUGUUGAACUUCAUGAAGUUCGCAUUGGCCCACUUGCCCAGCCUGUCAAGGUUACUCUGGAUGGCAUCCCUUCCCUCAAGUGCAUCAGCUGCAACCACACAGUAACUACACCACCUGGCCCUCAGCAUUCUCCUAUACCACCUGUCAGGCCUACACAAAUGCGAAGAAAACCUCUGCCUCCAAGCACUGUGACUGGUAAACCCGGGAGUCCAGCUAAACCUGCCGGACCAACAACACCUGUGAGGACAGGAACGUCAUAUAAGACGCCAACAGCUUUUGCAACUCCAGAGUAUUAUGUUGACGCAACUGUCUUCAGCUCAAGUCCUACAUCAGAAACAGAUUCUUCAGGCAAACCAAGGUACCAAGCCCCCCAUGUCAAGUACAUGAAGAAGGAUGAUGAUGUGCCUUGCUCUAUCACAAGCUCUCUUGAACAUUUUCCUCAAGAAGAAGCUGGCAGCAAGGAAGAACCUACUCGUCCUCCACAAAAUCCUCCAACAAACCUCACAGUGGUGACUGUUGAGGGCUGUCCAACUUUCGUCAUAUUGGACUGGGAAAAACCAGACAAUGACACUGUUACUGAGUAUGAGGUUGUGUCAACUGAAAAUGGAGCAAGUGAUGGAGAAAAGGAGAAAUCAAUUAUCACUACAAAUCAAACCCAUUCUACUGUGGAAAACCUAAAACCUGACACAAGUUACGAAUUCCACGUGAAACCUAGAAACCCUCUUGGUGAAGGUCCAAGUAGCAAUGUUGUGGCAUUCAAUACUGAAUCAGCGGACCCAAGAGUGAGCGAGCCAAUUUCAAUGGGAAAGGAUGCUAUCUGGACUGAAAUCCCAUUCAAUUCAGACAGCUAUUCAGAAUGCAAAGGGAAACAAUACGUGAAGAGAACUUGGUAUAAGAAGUUCGUAGGUGUGCAGCUAUGUAAUUCUUUGAGAUACCAGAUAUACCUCAGUGAUUCACUUACAGGAAAAUUUUAUAACAUAGGAGACCAGAGGGGCCAUGGAGAAGAUCACUGCCAAUUUGUAGACUCAUUCUUAGAUGGAAGGACAGGACAGCAAGAAGACCUACCAGUCAAAGAUGGAUAUUUCAGGGCAGUUCGCCAGGAACCUGUCAAAUUUGGAAAAAUAGGUGGAGAGACUCAAAUUAACUAUGUUCGCUGGUACGAGUGUGGAACAUCAAUACCUGGGAAAUGGUAGAUGUGACGUGAAGUUGGUGAAAAGGCCCGGCACUUACUGCCCCUGCUCGACUGCCCAGUGCAGGCUUAAAGAUGGAAAUGUUUAUGGUAUGCCUGGCACUUAAAUAUUUAAGUUUGCUGAUGUGCAAGGGUUUAUACAAGUCUAAUGCCAAUACUGCAUUAAUUGUGUAAUAGCAUAGGCUGCUUACUGUAGUUAUCCAGUUUUACAAAUUUGUGCUUAGGUUACAAAAAAAAAAAAAAAAAAUCCCAGACAGGCUAGGGACAUGUUGUAGGAUAACGUAUAGGGAAGCUGGCUCCCUAUUCUUGAGGUACGGUUUAUAUGGUAUUUUAAAAGAUAUGGUGUGUAUAUUAUUUAUCACAAUGUUGUAAUAAA